AGCUGAGAGAAUGAAAGAAGAAAAGAGGAGGGAAUGUGAACAGACUGAUCAGGAGUAGAUCAAAUAAAAUACUGUCUGAUAAUAUUACAGUACAUGUCCAUGUUGUUUAUCCUAUGAUGCCAUUCUUUAAAGAAAUGUAAUAUCAGGGUAAAUGUUCUUCUGUAAUAUUCAGUUAAGAGUCAUGAAGACAUUUACUUGGCCUGGUUGUGGAUCCAUGUCUGUUCAGUUAGAGCAGCACAUUAUGGUCCGUUUUAUUUAUUUCGUUUAGCGCUCCUUAAAUUGACCGCUUCAGCCAGUACGCUUCAAAACAUUUACUUUGAAGGCGAGCUAUCCGUUUCCGGCUCUCUACUUCCUUGUUCAAUUCUCAUUACAAAUGGGAUAAUCGAUCAAGCUGACGUUUAUCCGCGAUGAAUUUCAUUGCACAUCUUUAUUCAGCUGAAAAUGUUGCAUGUUUGUUUGUGCUGUUCACUUUGAUAAUAUAAAUGUAUUAUUUUGUUGUAUCAACCGGAAGUUCAAGCUAUCGGAGUUUUCCCCUUGAAAGCUAAAUUCUUUAAAUUAGUGAAAUAUACAUUUUAAAUUCAAAUUGUAUUAUAUUUCCCUUCAAUAAAACUCAGUGGUUUAGUUUUUUUUUGUAAAUUUCAGUACUUUCAUGCGUCCACGUAGGCUUUAUUUUGAAAAUCGUAACCGGAACAAGUUUUGUAACGUUAUCCGCCUUGACACAACUAGUACUAGUCCAGUGCAGUGAUGUCGGCGUUGCAGUGCCUCGUAGCGGGAGCAGUUUGCUUUUAUGUGAUAGUGUACUACGGUGUGUUUAGAGGAGUGGGAUGCUCGAGUCCAGUGAAGCUAAAGGGGAAGACGGCCAUUGUUACAGGAAGCAACACUGGCAUCGGCAAGGCCACAGCUCUGGAUCUGGCAAAGAGAGGAGCCAGGGUGAUCCUGGCCUGCCGCAACAAGGAGAAAGCUGAGGCUGCUGCUUUUGACAUCCGCAGAGAGAGCGGGAACAAUCAGGUGGUGUUCAUGCAGUUGGAUCUGGCGAGUCUAAAGUCCGUGCGCAGUUUUGCUGAAACCUUCCUGAAGACCGAGCCCAGACUGGACCUCCUCAUCAACAACGCAGGUGUGAUGGGUCCAGGGCGCACUGAGGACGGCUUCGGCGCAGCGUUCGGGGUGAACCACCUGGGUCACUUCCUGCUCACCAACCUCCUCCUGGAGCGGCUGCAGCAGUGCGGUCCCAGCCGCGUGGUCACCGUGGCCGCGCUGCUGCACCGAUUCGGAAACAUCGACUUCCCUCUGCUGGCCUCCAAGAAAGACUUAGUGUCGGGUCAGUCCACCUGGCACGACUUCCAAGCUUACUGCUGCAGCAAGCUGUGUAAUGUGCUCUUCACCCGGGAGCUGGCCAACAGGCUGGAGGGCACCAGCGUCACCUGCUACAGCCUGCACCCAGGAGUCAUCUACACAGAACUAUGUCGCGGUCUGAGCCUGUGGCUGCAGCUCCUCAUGAUGCCCUUUGCCAAGCUGUUCUUCAUGAACUCAGAGGGGGGGUCCCAGACCACCCUGCACUGCGCCCUGCAGGAGGGCAUUGAGCCUCUCAGCGGACGCUACUUCUCUAACUGCGCGCUGCAGCAAGUGGGAGCCAAAGGACGAGACGACGCCCUGGCGAAGAAGCUGUGGGAGGUGAGUGAGAGGUUAACCAGGUUGUCAUGACAGACAGAAACCUGAUCCAGGAGCUGCAAAGACUGGAUCAACGCUCAACUGUUGGUUCCUUUAAAGCGCUGGUUUCUUAUGGUCACAUACAUGAAUAAUGUAAGUACACAGCCUUACACUUGUGCCUCCUGUUUAUCAAAUGACAGUUUGAAAUGUCAUGGCUGCACUUGUGGUUGAACCACUUUAAUGCUCUCUAUCGGGGCCCCUUCCUCAGACUUGAUUACUGACAAGCUUCAAAUGCACAGGUGUGGUUUAUAUAAUAAUCUACAGUAAGUACAGAUGUUGAUCCAAGUGGGGAUAAUGCAAAAGAUCAGACAUGUUGACUGAGUCGUUAUAGGGCCUUGUGUGAUUAAGCUCUAGUGCUUCUUCUGGGACAUUCAUAUCAUAUUGACAUUGAUGUAUUUGUCAGUAGUUUUUCACUGUGAGUGGCCAAACAAGCUGACGUGUCGAAGAAGAAAACUGCUCUGGGUAAAUGUGACAUUCGUUCCUGUGCUCUAAGUCGAUGGUGCCGGCAGCUUAGGGACACAGUAAGGUGCUAAACAAUAUGUUUGCACAGUUAAUUCGAGUACUAUCCACAACUGUCUGCAAACCACACCACAUCUCUUGUGGAAUAGUUUAAAGUAAAAAACUAGAACACAGCUAAUAUGAUAUCUGACGCGCUAGUUCAUCUGAAGUUUCUAUAGUUUUGAAAUGAUGAAAUGUCUGUGGGAUUUUUGCCACAACGAGAGACGUCUGAUGGAAAAUGUUUAGCUCUUAUUAACUGUAAAUCUGUGCUGAUUAAACCUGUAUUAAUACCUGUAGGGGUCUUCAUAACAUUACAUUUGGUACAUUGUCUACUUGUAUAUUAAAACAAAAUGGACAUUUUCUCUA